UGCCGAGACAACCGCAUUCAGUUCGCUGUACGAUCUUCUCCCGAUUACAUAUAUAUUAUGCUGCUGUACGAAACUCCAUCAGUCCGUACGAGUUAACACAAUUUUACAGUGCGUGAACGCGUUAAUAAAUAUACAUCAAAUAUUUUAAAUCGUUUCAUUUAAAAAGUCUCGGACAAAAUAAUUAAAAUGGAUAAAACGCAAUCAAAUUUUAGUGAAACGGAAACUGAUUUUGUUAAAAUUGAAAAUGACAUUGCACAAGUUAAUGGGCACGCGGUGUGUCCUUUUAGUGGUGGUAAAGUAUUAACAGUGGAUAAUGAGAAACAGGAAAAGCCUAAUCUGAGGUUGAAAGUUCCGCAGCCCAUAAGACUGAAGAAUCAUCUUUUUGGUGACGAAAAUUUUGAUCAUCUACAUUCGCAGAUUGAAGAUGUCAGUUUUAACACAAAAUGUUCCGCGGCAGUCUGUCAAAAUAGUAUUAUGGACAUUCCAAACAGAGGAGAUACUCCGAGAAGUGUAGAGGAAGUGUACAAAGAGGCUCAAGCUUUUCUCAAACAAUAUUUUUCUUCAAUAUACAGAGAAAACACCGAAGCUCAUAUAAAAAGACUGCAAGAAGUAGAGAAAGAGUUAAAAGAAAAAGGCACAUAUCAGCUCAAAACAGCCGAACUGACUUUUGGAGCGAAACUAGCAUGGAGGAACGCAUCGCGAUGCAUAGGAAGAAUACAAUGGAAAAAGUUACAGGUGUUCGACUGCAGAGAGGUAACCACCGCAAGCGGGAUGUUCGGAGCGCUUUGUGAUCACAUCAAGUACGCAACUAACAAAGGGAAUAUAAGGUCAGCGAUAACUAUAUUUCCCCAACGUACGGACGGCAAACACGAUUACAGGAUAUGGAGUCCACAGCUCAUCUGUUAUGCUGGUUACCUGGAACCAGAUGGGACCGUUUUAGGAGAUCCGGCUAGAGUGGAAUUUACAGAGCUUUGCAUAAAACUUGGAUGGAAGCCACCACGCACAGCGUGGGAUAUAUUACCCAUUGUGGUAUCAGCUGAUGGCAAAGAUCCUGAAUACUUCGACAUUCCUCGUGAAAUAGUGAUGGAAGUAAAAAUGGAACAUCCAACAUAUGAUUGGUUCAAAGACUUAGAUUUGCGAUGGUAUGCUUUGCCCGCCGUUUCAAAUAUGAGUCUCGAUUGUGGUGGACUAGUUUUCACUGGAACUGCCUUCAACGGUUGGUACAUGGGCACUGAGAUUGGCUGUCGUAACUUCUGUGAUACCAACAGAAUUAAUAUUAUCAAGAGCGUUGCGAAUAAAAUGGGUCUAGACACAGAUUCCUACGUUUCGCUGUGGAAAGACAAAGCGGUUGUGGAAGUUAAUAUUGCGGUGCUUCACAGCUUUCAUAAAGACAACGUGUCCAUUGUAGACCACCACUCAGCUUCGGAACAAUUUAUAAAGCAUAUGGAUAACGAGAACAAAAGCAGGGGUGGGUGUCCGUCAGAUUGGAUCUGGAUUGUUCCUCCGUUGUCGUCGUCUCUUACUUCAGUAUUUCACCAAGAAAUGGUUUUGUACUAUAUGAGACCAUCUUACGAUUAUCAAGAACCAGCAUGGAAAACUCAUCAAUGGACAAAGAAAGAUGGUGAAAAACCUAGAACCAGAAAGUUCCACUUUAAACAAAUCGCUCGAGCCGUCAAGUUUACGUCGAAACUUUUCGGUCAAGCGCUUUCUAAGAGAAUCAAAGCGACCAUCUUAUACGCGACUGAGACAGGCAAAUCUGAACAGUAUGCCAAGGAAUUAGGAACCAUUUUUGGUCAUGCUUUCAAUGCUCAGGUGCAUGUGAUGUCGGAAUACGAUGUGUUCUCGAUAGAACAUGAGACUCUCCUGUUGAUCGUAACUUCAACUUUCGGCAACGGCGAGCCGCCUGCGAAUGGCGAGGACUUCGCUAAACACUUAUUUCAAAUGCUGUAUAAUGAGAAAAAGAGCUGGGGAGACCAAAUCGAUAGCGCUGGAAUAAAUAAUAAAAUACCCACACCAAAGACAUUAAUGCGCACUAACAGUCUCUUGACGCCGAGCCUAGAAUACAAGAAACAGUUUUCAAGAAUGGAGUCUAGAAAUACAAACUCCACUGAUUACAAAAGGCAACUAUCACGGUUGGAAUCUAAUAAGAGUAACAUGACUGCAACAUCAUCUGCGGAAAAUAUUGGACCGUUAAGCAACGUAUGUUACGCUGUAUUUGCCCUGGGCUCAAGUGUUUAUCCAAAAUUCUGCCAAUUUGGCAAAACGGUGGACAAAAUUCUAGAAGAUUUGGGAGGUGAGAGAAUUCUAGACCUCACUUGUGGUGAUGAAAUGAGCUGUCAAGAACAACAAUUUCGCGCUUGGUCAUCCAAUAUAUUUCAUGUGGCUUGUGAGACUUUUUGUAUAGAAGAGAAUGAUAUGGUAAAAGAUGCAAAGAAAGCUUUUGGUAGAAUGCCACUCACUGAAGAAACUGUUAGAUUUAGUCGAGCUGAUAAAAAGAGCGAAAUGAAAACUGCCCUUGAACAAAGCUGUAGAAAACACUUAAUAACUUGUAAAAUUAAUGAAAUAAAACAUCUCGGUGAAAAUACUACUGAUCGUGCAACAGUCUUUGUUGAAAUGAAAGCUAACGAUGAACUUAAGUAUGACCCCGGCGAUCACGUUGGCAUUAUGGCUUGUAACCGAAAAGAAAUUGUAGAUGCAGUAUUAGAAAGGCUUAGAGGUGUAGAUAAUUUUGACAAACCAGUACAACUUCAAGUCAUGAAAGAGAAACUUACCCCAAACGGCGCUGUAAAGACUUGGGAACGUCAUGAGCGUAUACAAGCUUUGUCAGUUCGUGAAAUUUUCACGCGUUUCCUCGAUAUUACGACUCCGCCAUCAACAAAAGUUUUAAAAUACUUAGCUACAGCUUGUAGCGAUCAAAAUGAGGCUGAUUAUUUAAGAGAACUCAUUGAGAACACUAAUAUGUUCGAUGAUUGGCGACAUCACUAUUUUCCACAUUUAGGAGAAGUAUUUGCUCAAGUUUCAUCCUGUAGACCUCAAGCUUCUUUACUGGCAUCAUUGUUACCUCCUCUACAACCCAGAUUCUACUCCAUAUCUUCAACGCCGCUAAGAGAUGCAAGAAAAAUUCAUAUCACAGUUUCCGUUGUAGUGUAUAAGACACAAAAUGGCGAAGGAAAUACCCAUUACGGCGUUUGUUCAAAUUACUUACAAAGUCUAAAACCGGGUGAUAAUAUCUUUGUUUUUAUAAGAAGAGCACCUACAUUUCACAUGCCGCAAGACAUAUCGGUACCUCUAAUAUUAGUGGGACCUGGUUCUGGCAUAGCACCUUUUAGAGGUUUCUGGCAUCACAGAAAAUGUCAGAUAAAGAAACAAUCAAAUCAUAAGAAAGUGGGUCCUAUAUACUUAUUCUUUGGAUGCAGAUACAAAGGAAUGGAUUUAUAUAAAGAUGAAAAAGAAAAGGCACUAGCUAAAGGAGUUUUAACAAAAUCAUUAUUAGCACUAUCAAGGGAAGAGGGAGUUAAUAAGAAAUACGUGCAAGCACUUCUUGAAGACGAAGGCGCACAAAUAACACAUAUGCUACUAAAAGAGGGCGGACACUUUUAUGUUUGUGGGGACUGUAAAAUGGCUGAAGAGGUUCAACAUAAAUUAAAAGAAGUUAUUAAGACACAUGCAAAAUUGUCAGAAGAAGAAGCUGACGACUUUAUAUUAUUCCUAAUGGACGAAAAUAGGUAUCACGAAGAUAUAUUUGGAAUAACACUGCGCACAUCAAUAGUACACAAAGCUUCAAGAGAGACAGCGAAAAGAACUCGUCUUGAAUCAGGAUCACGACUUAGUCAUAUAAAGUAAAUUUAACUUUUAGAAAGUUUAAGUUUAUAUUCGGUCUCAAAUUAACUAUUUUUUAUAUGACUGUAAAAUAAAAUUAAUUUUUAUUUAUAAAUGCUUAAGUGAUAGAGAAUUCUAUUUGUAAUACAUAAAAUUACAAUUAAAACAGUUGGAGUUAAAAAAGCUAUAAGAUAAUAUUGUAUUAAACGAAUGAGAUAAAAAAUUAAUCUAAUAAAUGAGAUACAUAUUAAGUGA